AGUUCGGAAUCUUCCGCAACGGAUGGCAACGGAGAAGAAAAUCUAAGUAUCCAAAGCCUCAGUCUACACAAUCAACAGCAGAGCACCACUAUGGACACUGAGAACACGUCAGCAGAUGUGAACUUCAUAGAGCUCCUUAAUCAAUACUGUCAGAAGCAUAAACUAGUGAAUGGUUUCAGAGCCGUAGAAAAAAAAGGGCCUGCAUAUGUUCCUGAAUUUGCAGUCAGGGUUGUCAUAAAUAAUGAAGAAUAUCCCGAAGGACGGGGGAGGAGUAUGAAAGAGGCAAGACAAAAAGCAGCACAGCUUGCCUUUAAUGAACUCGGUGACUCAGCUUUAAGUAGUCAGAAUUCAUCAAUGAGUGUGUCACCAUAUCCUGCCAACUCAUCAGAGUGGUUGUCUUCUGCACCAGUAUCACAUGUUAAACCAAAAAGACAACUCGCUGCAAACUUUCAAAAUUCACCAGAAUUCAAUAAAAAGAGUCCCCCUGUUUCCAGCCCUACAACAAAAUCAAGGUUUUUAGAGGACUUUGAUACAAUAAGUAGAAUUGGCAAGGGAGGAUAUGGUCGUGUUUUCAAGGCCAGGCGAAAGCUUGAAGAUGCAAUCUACGCUGUCAAGAUAGUAAGGUUUACUGAUAAGGCUUGCAGAGAGGUCCAAGCUUUGUCACGUCUUUGCCAUGCUAACAUAGUGCGUUACCACUCAUCAUGGACUGAGGAGACAGAGUACAAAGAUGUCUUCAGAUCAGACACUUCCAGCGGUUCACACUCUGGCAGUGGAUCAAAAUUCCUCUAUAUUCAAAUGGAAUUCUGUGUGGGAGAAACUCUGAAGAUGUGGAUAGAUGAGAGGAACGAUAAUCCUGAAAAAUACCCAACACGGAGGUUGGAAGCAGCAGACAUAAUAAAGCAGGUCUUGGAGGCAGUGAAAUACAUCCAUUCAAAUAAGCUCUUCCACAGGGACCUAAAGCCAUUAAACAUAAUGUUUGGGCAAGAUGGAGGCGUGAAGGUGGGAGAUUUUGGACUUGUUUCCAAAGAAGAGAGAGAUGAUGACGGACAACUGCUGGAACGCACCCAGAAAGCCGGGACCCGUUCUUAUAUGAGCCCAGAACAGAGACUACGCCAGAAAAACUAUGGCAGAAGGGUGGAUAUUUAUGCUGCGGGCCUUAUUUUCUUUGAGUUGCUUUGGCGGUUUGGAACAAUUACUGAAAAAGACAAGCAAUGGGACUGUAUACGAAGUAAGAAUUUUCCGAAAGAAUUCUGCAUAACGUUUAUUUUUGAACACAAGCUAAUUAAAGGAAUGUUGUGUGAAGAUCCUGCAAAACGACCAGAAGCCAUCGAGCUGCUCACAAAGCUGGACAAACACUCUGGCACCACCGCCUCAACAAAGUAUGAACACAGGACAUACUGAUGGGUGAACUUCAAUCUCACACUUUGAGACAAUAUCCAAGAACUCUGUGAAAAUAAACAUCCCAUAAAAUAUUAUUACGUAGAUGGCUUCCAUGUGGCACUUUAAUAAUAUGGAAUAAUUGCAUGUGAUAUUUUUGAAGGCAUUUUAUUUGUUAAUGCUAGAUUUUUUUAAUCAUGGCAUGGAAGCACUUUAGUGUUUGAUAUAGUCUUUUACUAAAUGUUUUAACAAAGCUAAAAAUCACAAAUUCCACCUAAAAAGCCAUUUAUAGAGUAGGCUAUUGAUAAUUUGCUGGAGAAAAAUCUAAAUUGUUCGAAUUGGUAUUCAUUGGUAUUUUAAUUGUUAUAUCUGUUUUUAGAAAGAGUUGGGAAAAGGUCAAUUUGGAAUGUGCAGUUAACCUUUAAUUAACAUUUUAUAUGUAAUAUAUAUUUUCUUGUAUUUAAAUUUAGUUUAAAAUUCACUUUAGAUUAUAGUAGAUGGAUUGAAUUUACUAUAGGACAUUGUUAUGAAGGACAUUGUCAUGAAGGACAUUGUUACUUUACCUGUUUGUAAUGCUGUGCUUGUUUUUCUGAUCAAGUGUGAUAUAUAUGUUUGACUGUCACUAUGGUAAUGGACGACUGUUAUAAACAACAAGCAUAAACAACAAUGAGUAUUUAUAGGUGUUGGUAUAACAUUGUUAAAUUUUUGGAGAACAGGUUUGUUUAGUGGAGCAGUAUACUAUAUAUCUAUAGAUGGGAUGAGGCCAGGGACAGAAAACGUUGCAAUUAGUGUCAUGAAUUAUUUCUGUGUCUCAUUUCCCUUUUCCUUUCCACUAUAUCGGUGGAAUCUAUUUUUGUGUAUCAAAAACCUCUUCUUUCUGAAGCUGUUCAUUAAAAAAUACAUCUUAUAAGGAAA